UGCGUCUUCACAGGAUUUUUCAUGUACAUCGAGACCUCAAAACCCCGCAAACUCGGUGAUUAUGCUGUCCUGCAAAGCAAGCUCUUUCCGCUACCCAAAGAGCGGUGUUUACAGUUCUAUUAUCACAUGUAUGGAGAUGACAUUGACACUUUGAAAGUGAUAUACUCACCAGAUAUGCUCGAUAAUAAUGUAACGAUUUGGGAAAAAAGUCAAAACCAAGGAAAUCAGUGGCACUUGGCGCGGGUUAACCUCAAUUCCUAUCUUCCUUACUGGGGCUCCCUCUAUAGGAUCAAAUUUGUUGGCAUUCGAGGAAACGGUUAUCAAGGAGACAUUGCUAUUGAUGACGUAUUCUUCACAGAUGGAACGUGUCCAUAGCCGAGUAUUGACGCAGACACGUAUGAUGUUUGAGCUAGUGUCCUAGUGUUCAUUUUGUAUCUAUCCAUCCAUCCGUCCGACCGUCCGUCCGUCCGUCUACUGUCCUUCUGCCCGUCUGUCUGUCUGUCUGUCUGUCUGUUGAUUCGUCAGAUGAUGAUCUUUGGUUUGCGUAAAAGCAUUAAAAAAAAUAGAGAAGAAAAAAAAUACCUAUAAUGAUCAGCAAUCAGGACACCGUUUCGCCUCACCCCCUCCCCCCUCUUUAACAACAGUCUCCACGUUUUAACCUGGAUAAGUUCGCCAAACUUCGAUAUUACUGUUUCAACAUUUCCUUCCAGCUCAUUUAAAAUCGCCAUCUAAUUAAUAUUUUCGUUUCUUUUUUCAGAUUAAAAUAAAGGCGACUACAUUGGAGCACGGAACAAAUGUUAAAACAAAACGUCUAUGAUACCUCUUUUGACUUCUUCAUGAAGUUUACUAAUUAUUGUGAAUCGAAUAAAAUAUUGGGGUGAGGAAGUAA